AUGAGCAGUGGCGGCGGCGGCGGCGGUGGCUCACCACCCAGCAAGCGGUGUGCCCUCAAACCGGUCGCGCAACUCAUUGGCACCAGCUCCUCCGCGACCGACGAGUCCUCCGCCAGCGUUCCUAUGGCUAGCACGAACCCCGCGCCGUCUGCAGACACGCCGCGCGACUGUCAUCCAGGAUUGGCCACUCACGAGCUAGCCUCGUCCCAGGAAGCUGCUCGUGUCACCUCCCCUCCCCAGCUACCCAAGCCCGUACCCAAGCCGGGGCCCAAACCGAUGCCCAAGACCGUUGCAGCAACGACUGCCAACAGCUCGGCGUCCCGCUCCCAAAGUCUGCUGCGCGCUCACAUUCCUCCCCCACUACAGACACAACUCGGUCAGCGUCCUCCGACCCCUGUGGACCGCUCCUCCAAUACCAGCAGCUCAGCCAGCAGCUCGGCCCAAUCACCCACCCUCAACGGUGACGUACGCGGUGAUAUUGCCGCCCUCGCCGCCUCCUCGGCCGCCACCACCGCUGCCAACCUGACCACUUCCAUCAUUAACAACUUUCGGCAAGAGAUGCAACAGCUGCUCUUCCGCAUGCAGCACCAGCAACAACACCCUCUGCCGCCGCAACAACAGGCCCAGCAGACGUCGCAGCCACAGCAGCAAUCACACUCGCAACAACAGCCCCAGCAGCAGCAGCCCCAGCAGCAGCAACAACAGCAACAACAACAACCAUCACAACAGCAGUCGCAGCAGCAGCAAUCGCAAUCGCAGUUGCAGCCACAGCCACAGCCACAUUCACAGCCACAGCAGCAGCAACAGCAACAGCUCCCACUCCUGCAUUUGCCUCCGCAUGCCCAACCUUUUGUGUCCGGCGCUCCCUCUGUCUCACUCGGGCCUACUGCUUCAAGCAUCGGGCCCAGUUCAUGUGCGCCCACAAACAACAUACUUGGCAAUCCUUUUAUGCCGCACCACAAUCACUUUCCCACUGCCAAUGCGCAGUCUGACAUUGCCGCUCUUUCCCGGCGACACACACUGGCCGGCCAGCCUCAACUCGUGCAUCCCGCAUUCAACGCCAUCGAGGUGAAUGUUGGCGGUGAAAUCUUUACCACCUCACGAAACACGCUCUGCCGUGUUCCUGGAAGCUUCCUCGCCAAGCUCUUUUCUGGACGUUCCCAGGCAACGCUCGAUCAUGAAGGUCGCAUCUUCAUCGAUAGAUCGCCGACGCAGUUUCGGGCCAUUCUUGAGGCCCUCCGUGAACCUGCCGCUAUUAGCCUGCUCGACCUCACUUGCCCCGUUACCUGUCGUGAACUUGAAUUUUACGGGCUGCUUCAAACCUUUGCGACCCCUCAACUUGGCGGGCCACCGGCCUUGAUGGCUUCCCCCCACGCCUCGGCCUCACGCUCCAGCACACCGCUGGCCGCGCCUCCCAGCGCCAGCGUUAGUAAGGCGCUGGGCGAUCCCGCCCAGCUGGACUCGACUCACCCGCGGCAUACCACCGAGUCAACUUCCGCGGCUGCUGAACCGGGCAGCCCGACCCUGUCGCGACCGCUUGCCCUCGAACAGCAACCGGCUCUCGCAGCCCCACCAGCCAAAACCAUCUCCCCCCUGGCCAUGGGCGAGGACGAGCCACCGGGCACCCCCAGCCUUCUGGCCGUGGGUGGCUUAAACGAAGGCGUACCGUACAAAUAUUUGCGUGUGGCUGAACGCUACGACGCGGCCACGGAUACGUGGCAUCGCAUUUCCGACAUGUUCUGGGACCGUGCCCUCAGCGGCGUGGCCAGCACUGGCAGCAACCUCUACGUUUUGGGCGGGCGCAACGACAAUUUGGACGGCAUUGUUGGCAACUUUAACGCACCCUCUGGCCAAUGGCAGGAAGCGCGCUACGCCAUUCUAUUUCAACAACUGGUCGUUGCCGGGGGUUGUCGCCAGCGCCCGCGGGCCGGUCGGCCCGAGGUGGUGACUGCGACAGUCAUGAGCUACCCUCUCGAGGCUGAUGGUCGCCUGGGCGCCACUGACACGCCUCAACGCCGACAAUGGCUGGCAUUGCCCUCCCUGGGCACCCCGCGGGGUCGCCACGGAUGUGUGGCUGAUCAAGGCCAUAUUUUCGUCCUGGGCGGCGUCGACGUGCAGGGACAUCCCAUUGCGUCUGUAGAGCGGUUUUCACCCACACGCAACCAGUGGGAGGUGGCUGCCCCGAUGCCGGCGCCUCGAAGAGAUUUUGGCUGCGUUGCGUUGGAAGGCUACAUCUACGUGGUUGGUGGAGCAGAUGGGCCGGUAGGCACGAGUCGCAAACUGACGUCCUGUGUUGCUUCUGUAUUUGUGUACGACAUGCGUGCCAACACGUGGAGUACGGGGCCUUCCUUGCCCGAGCCUCGACAAGGCUUGGCCUGCGCCGUACUUGAGAACCACCUCUAUGCCGUGGGUGGCAGCCGCGACGACGACGUUUUCAGUAGCAAACCCGCCAAGCGCAUGCGCCGCGUGGACAAGCUUCGGCUGGGCGCCGACCGCUGGACCUCGGCCGCGCCACUCACUUUUGCCCGCAGCCACUUGGGCAUGGGCAUGGUCUCUGCCGUCUGGAACCGCGACGCCACCACCCUAACCAAAACCCCUACUCGCCUGUUCCAGUAUGAGAUCAUUGGGCGCAAGCUCCCUAGCGCUCAGGAUCCCAAGCCUAAGCUCUACAAGAUGACCAUCUUUGCUCCCAACGAGGUCGUCGCCAAGAGCCGCUUCUGGUAUUUCCUGCCCCAGCUGAAGAAGAUGAAGAAGACCACCGGUCAGAUCGUCAACAUCCAGAAGAUGCACGAGACUCGUGAGGGUGUCGUCCGCAACUACGGCAUCUGGCUGCGCUACAACUCGCGCAGCGGCACCCACAACAUGUACCGCGAGUACCGUGAUGUGUCUCUGGCCAACGCCGUGAGCAAGAUGUACCGCGAGAUGGCUGGCCGUCACAGCUGCCGCGCUCACUCCAUCCAGAUCAUCCGCACCGAUGUUGUGGCUAGCUCUGAUAUUAAGCGCGAGCACAUCAAGCAGUUCCUCAACCCGGACAUCAAGUUCCCCCUGCCCCACCGCCGCAUCGCGUCGCAGUUCAAGUCGCGCUUCGUUGCCAAGCGCCCCACGACUUUCUUUGGUUAAAUUGGGCCUGCUGGCUGAGCCCGGCCUCCGCGCCGCCUUGGACCGUGGCGUUGCGGUUGUGCUCCUGGUUGACUUUACAAAUCGAGCCGUGGACUAUUCACAGCUUUCUCCGUCUCUACCUCUCUCUCUCUCUUUCUCACUCUUUCUCACUCGCUCAUCCAGAUUGGUUUGCCAUUUUAUUUCUUGUUUCUCUUGUGGAUAUGCCCACCACGUGUUUGAUCACUCAAGUCCACGCGACACGUCGAGGGGAGGAACAAUAUGCGAGCUCCUUUAGUUUUCGUUCCGCGUGUCCAUUAUGGCUGGUGUUGCUGCACUGUUUGUCCUGGGGCAGAGGAAGGAUUUGAAGAAAUAAAAGUGG